AUGGAUGAACCUGGACCUGCACAGCGACUGACUGGCGAGGGGGCCAAGAUUUCCAUCUACUUUGGCUCGAUGGCAGGAGGUGAAAUUGGCCCUACUGUCGAGUACGUCCACGCUGAGGCAAUUCUCCUCACGUGCCCUGAAUUUCUCAAGAGAGUUACUAAAUGGGGUAUCAUUUCGCUUCCAUUCGCUACUUCGGAGGCCAUCCACGCCAUGAUCCGUUUCUUCUACACUGGAAAAGUCCCAUUUCAUGAGGUACACAAGUUCACUCUCCGCCCGGACAUCGAACAGGCUUAUGAUCUUGCCAUCCAUAUCUACUCCCAGGCUGUCUACAGCGAUAUCACCAAGAUGAAGGACCAGGCAACCGAGUACAUGACGAGCCUCUUUCCGUAUAUGGAGCCCUCCUACAUGCUGGCCUACUCACACAGUGUCCUUGAACCUCUGUACCCCGAGCUCAACUUUGAGUGGGUUGCAGCCCAAGCGGGAUUACCCUACUACGCCAAUGACAAACUCAUGGACGCCGUUGAUGCUGAGCGUAAGGAGGAUAUCAAACGCUUCAGGGCGUCUGUCGCUCGCCGCGAGGCUGCCUGGGUCAAGAUCAACCGAGAGGGCGAGGAGGAGGAGUCCGUUGAGGAAUCCGAGGUCAAGGAAGCAACCGAAGUCGAAAAUGAUGUUGCCGUCGAGAGUGAAGCUGAAGACUCCGAGGCUGAAGAGACUCACGGUGAAGCCGACGCUGGGACAGACGAUGAGUCGUAUGACAGCAAAGGAAAGCUGAAGAUCAUUGGAGCCGAUGGCUUGAUCAACCUCGACCUGGCCAACUACCCACCCGGCGUUUACCGCUGGUAA